AUGAAUACACAGAAUAAGUCUAAAUUUAUUCGGAUUAUUGGCGAUAAAAGAUCUAUCAACGAAUCUCAAAUUAAAUCGGUAGCUAUAAAUGCCUUAUUAUCAGAAAAUAGUUUUUUAAUUUGCGGGUUAAAUGGAAAUGCAUGCGAAAAUUUCCUUUAUGGCAAGAAGUUCACGGAAAUUCCUCCGGAAGAUGUAGAAACCAAGAAAAAUGAUUAUGAGAAGUGCUUAUUUGAGGAGUUAGUCAACAAUCUAUUUACGCAGACAAAACUCAUUAAGCAAUAUUUUGAAAAAUAUAAAUCUAAUGAGAUUUAUUUUAACAAAAUUAAGUGUUCUUUCGUUCUAAUUAGUGAUAAAACUGAAGAUCCUAACUCUGGGUGUAUAUAUGAUGUGUUUCAAGGACUAAGUAAUCCAGUUGAUGUUAUUUCGGACAAUGGAGUUAAGAGUUUGAAUGUACUGGAAGUGGAUGCAAAUGAUCCAAUUCAGCUUUUAAAUAUGAUUAAUGUUGCAAGAAAACUUCAAUUUGAAAAUUUAGUUACUAGAAAAGAGUUAUUUCACACAUUAUUUAUCUUUGAUAUUGAGUCUGCAAUUUAUGACAAAAAUAUUGUGGAUUUCUAUAUGUUUGAUAAAUUGUAUAAACAUAAUAAAAUAUAUGUAUUAGAUUACCAAUGCAACUUCAUUGAAUCAAAUACAUUCGUCCCUUCAAAAUUUACAAAAUUAGAAGAUAUCAACGAUUCAGCCAUUUAUUUUUUCAGAAAUUUAAUUUCAAUAAUCGCCAAAACAUCUAGCUAUUUACUGGAAAUUCUUUCCAAAGCUAUUUUCGGCAAUAAUUAUUCAUCUGUAAUUUAUGUUCAAUGCAAUGGAUUAAAUUUGUUUAUUGAUAAGUGUAACAUGGAGCCUACAUCACUUUUAAAUUCAAAUAUUAAUCCUUGGAAUAAAUACAAUAAUUACUCCAGUUAUUCAAGUGACAGUAAAUUACUACCAUUGAUCAAAAAAUUUCAUAACUAUUGCUUAUUUUUCAGAAAUAGCUUUUUAUCGUUAAAAAGCGAAGAAAGCUACGAAAAAAUGAGUUUUCAAGAUAAUAAUGUAGCACAAGCUUUUGAGGACUUGAAACUGGUUUUAUUUAACUUAUGUGGAAAAAUAAUAAAACAUGAAGAUUUAUUAUUCAAUAUUGAACAUAUUGGGGAUAUAACGAGACUAAUAGAUAAUAAUGAUUCAUAUAUUGAUAGAGCCCCUAUACACUUUAGUAUAAUUAAUCAAUGUUUAAAUGAUUGGUAUGAGGAGUCAGAAAGAAAUAAAAAACUAACUAUUUUGGGUUUUAAGAAUAUCUCUCAGGACGAGUAUUUGGAUGAAAACGAUACUUUUUGCACAGACUUUACACCUGGAUACAUAAACAAACUACAUCAAUUCAGUUAUAUCGAUGAUAAUAAUUCUAAUACAUUUAAUUAUAACCUGGACUUUGGACAAGAAUUAACAAGUUACAGAAAAAAAAAUCAAUCAUACAAUUUGAAUAAGUCGGUUAUUGGAAUUAAUAAUGAACACUUAAGAGUCAAUAAUAAAUCUAAUGCUUAUAAAUUAAAUAGUUUUGGUGAAAAACAUACUAGAAGUUACUUAAGUAUUCCAAACUAUUUUAAGUUCAAGCACUCUGAAACUCCCAUUUCCAAAAUUCUUCUUGCAGUAAAUACUGCAAGAAGACGUGUAAGAGAAUAUAGGCAUAAGCAACAAGCACAUAAAGAUUUAACAGGUGAAUUCAACCACGAUACAAUUAAAUCUCCAGAAUCAAAUUUUUUAAAAGACAAAUUUUGGAAUAAAACUUUGUCUAAACGUCCAAUUUUCUCAUAUAAUAAAAACAUUGAAAUUGGAACUAAUCGUUUUAAUGCAUAUUCUGUACAGGAUAAAAUAGAAAUACAUGACGAACCAUUUGAUUCCAAAAAAGAUGCUGAGGUUCAAGUCAAUAAUAUAAACUUUGAGGGACAAUCCGAAUACUUUUGCGUUACAAACGAUAAAGUCUACAAAAGUAAUAUGAAUAAAAUAGAUACUACGCAUAAUGAUUCUAUUGAAAUCUCAAAAAAUUGCGCAGAGAAGAAGCAAACCAUUGGUUUGAAAUUGUCAAAUGAAGGAGUUGGUAUUAAUAAUAACUUAUUUAAAAAUUCGAUCGGCUACAAAUGGCUGUUUCUAUCAUAG